GAACUUGGACCGUUUUUGACAAUGUUUUAUGACAGAAUAAAGAAAAUGCCACAGUACCUCUUCAAGUAUCGCAUUUUAUUAAAUUCAGCCAGCCCAACAACGAAAUAUUUGCGAAUAUAUAAUAGCGAAAUAUUUGCAUGUUUUCUUUUGAAAUGGAACAGUCAAGCUAAACUAUUUAUUUUGUCAAAAUUCAAAAGAAAAUUUGCAAAUAUUUUGCUAGCGGACUAUUUUCCUGCAAGUGGAAUCCACCCUAAGUCUAAAGGACAAUUAAGUGUGAAUCAGUUUUUCUGCUAUACUGUAUUUCUGAUUGUGAGCCAAAAUAAACCGAGAAGUGUAUCAACCGAUCACGGGAUGGAAAUGGUGGUAAAUAGGAACAAGAGGCGUCAAUCAAAUGUCAAAAUACGCCAGGUUUUUGCUUCAAUUUUUUAUUGUGAUCGAGAGCAUUGAAGUCCUCCAGGAGUUAUAUAGUAGAGCUCAGUGGGUCUUGAAGAGAAGUGGGGAAUUUAAAUAUUUUCCAAUACAUUUUGCAAUAUUGACUGACCAGAUUUAAUAAAACUUUAAAUUCACGAAAUGAUCCUGCGCAGUUUGGAAGAAAAAAUGUUUGGUCCCCUGUACAAUUUGAGUUUGCAAGUUCCAAGAGAAGUAGACGACUUUAGACCGUGUACUUCUGUAUGUCGCUACUCGGUGUUUGAGCGAUAUUGUCACCGUGGCGAUUCCAAGAAUCCGAAACAAUCAAGCUGUAGUUUCCAAGUAAAGCCUUACUGGGAACUCUCACGUGCCUUCGAAUCGUCUCCGAUGUUUCGUGUCUAUUCCUUUACUAAGAAACCAAUUUUAUAUUAAGAUGCAAGUUUUCUUCGAAGUAAAAGUUUCUGUUCGUAUCCUGUACGUCGCGACGCUUUUUUUAACUGUGGCAUUUGCCAUUGAAGGCGCUAAAAUUAAUUGCAUCAAAGUUGACGAAUGUUCUUGCAAAACAAGUGGUGACAGUGAGCCACUGGAAAAAAUAUCACUAUGGUCUAUGCCAAGCCGGGGACACGUUGAAGCUUCAGGAAGCUGGCUGUUUGCGUUCAAUCUUUGCCAUGGAGUCAAUAAAAAUUCAGAUGUUCCAGAUGGAGGGUGUCUAAACUCUACGGUUUGCCAGUAUACCCAUGCAAAUAAGAACGAAACCUUCGAAAUAGGGAAGUUUGGAAAUGCAACAUUUGGCCAAUAUGACAACGAAACAAAGUCAAUUACUUUAAUUUACUACGGUACUUACCAAGAGAACUCCACAAGGUCCAUUAAUAUUACUUUGAAGUGCGAUGAAAAUGUUACUGUUCCAGAUUAUGGCAUGGUGAACAUUUUGCCUUUAAAUCCUAACAGAUUUAAAACCACGAUUACGGCUAAGGCGGCAUGUCUACGAACUGGGAUGGUUCCCUAUCCUACAUCAGCUAAUAACAGUGUCACAAGCAAUGGUGGUGGACUCAAGACAGUUUAUAUUGUUCUUAUUACAAUUGGAGGAAUUGUGAUUCUUCUUGCUGUUAGUGUUUAUGUUGCUUACAAAGUUAUCUUAAAAAGAAAGCGAAGUUUGCUGCUUAAUGAAGAAGAAAUAGAUUACGGAGCAGUCCCAAAAAUUCAUGCCCAGAAUGUUCUAUCGACACCAGUCGGUAGUGGACCAGUUUGAUGAAACCCGAUAAGUGAUUUGAAUACUGAGCAAAAUUUGUAGGAAUGACAUGCCAGUGCAUAUUGCUUGGUGAACACAAUACUCCACUUCGUUGUCACAAUGAUUGCACCGAAUACAUGGUUUGAAGUCUAAAUGGAUGGAAGUAAAAUAUUAGCAUAAAAAACCAAACAACUUUUUUUAAACUUUCUUUGUACGAUUAUGUUCUGACACUUUUAUUAGAUUACUAGAUUCCAUAAUACUCAGUUAAUACCCUAUUCAUCUCAACCAAUUGUAGUAUUUUAAUUAGUGGUAUACUUUGAAACACGCAUUGCAGAAUACGACGUAACAAGGGCCCUUGGCCCCUUAUUACCUUAUUUACAUACCUGAUAGACUAACUUGAUAUACUAAUAUAUUAAAAGUCGUAUACUUGAGAACAUGAAGAAUUGGGUGGAUAUUUUACUGGUUACACCUCGGCGGUUCACGAGCUACAUUGAGCUUGUUAAAAACAAGGGAAAAUUGUCAGUGGAAUUUCAAUAAUGCAUUUUGAAUUUCGCCCAGCU